AUGAUCAACGACAAUCACAUCAUCCCACUUGAGUACGCCUGCCACGUCCUUGCCGUACUGGUGCUGCCGACGACGAUGGAUGUGCGCCUCGUCCUGCUGACUACGUUACGGACCGACGAUUCCAGUGAUGCGUUGCCCAUAGCUCAUGAACAUGGUCCCUCUUCGAUCCAGGACACUGCAUCGUCCAUUGUGACUGUUGUCCAGCGUCCUUCUGAGAAUAUUGCUCCUCCCGUCGUGUUUAACCAGGCAGGUAGCAUGAAGCGAACUCUCUUGAAUAGGAUCCGGGAUCUCGCCAACAAGUUCGUCGACGUAUCUACAGCGGCAAACAUGAAUAUUCGCAUCUUCGGACAAACUCUCAAUACUAGCAUGUCUAAGUUGGACGAUUCUGAAGCGUCGGAUGCUAUGCGUCUCUGCGAGCACGUGGUCGAAAUCAUCGAGACACAUAACGUUUCCUGCGCAGACAGACUGCAACAGUUACUGUUCCUGUGCGACAGUGCCCUGGCUGACUCUAGCCCAAUGCGUGACGAACCUGUUAGUCCCGAGCGCACCCACUCGUAUGCCUGCCACGUCCUUAUCGCAUGCAAGGCCAACAUGGCCAAGCGGGAGUGCCAUAUCACCAAGGACAACCAAAUUGCGGACCUCAAGCAACAGCUUAAGGAGAAAGACGAGUCGAUCAGUCGUCUCCAAGCUCAGCUUGAGGCUAAGUCCAAGUGA